AUGUGUAUAUUUGUUGUUGUCAAACUUCUUGGAUUAGCCGAUAUCGGUUCUAAUUUACGUGACCUAUGGAUUUGGGCGAAUUUAUCUUGGGGAUUUAUCUCCUGUGUGAUUUGUGGAGUCCAAUGGUAUUUGUUGACUCUGAUAAAAGUGACUCCUCGUAUUUGUCGUGUGACUGAAGAAGAUCGAAGAUGUCUGAAUAUAAAUACAGAUUGUGAGGAAGACACAGCAGAAACUGAAGAAGACAAACAAGAAGAAGAAGUAAAUAAAGCAAGUGUUAUGCGAUUAUUAGCUUACUCCAAACCAGAUUUACCCUAUUUAUUAGCUGCCUUUUUAUUCCUUACUUUGUCUUCUACUGGUCGUAUUUUUUUACCAUAUUUUACUGGACAAGUUAUUGAUGGUAUAGCUAUAGAGAAAUCUCAGACUAAAUUUAUUAAUGCAUUGAUUACUAUGUCUCUAAUAACUUUAGCAAGUGCUAUAUUUGCUGGAUUAAGAGGCUCUAUCUUUACCUAUAUUAUGGCUAGAUUAAAUUUACGGAUUAGAGAUGAUCUCUUCUCAUCUAUAACACAGCAGGAAAUAGGAUUCUUUGACAACAUUCGAACAGGAGAUUUGGUGUCAAGAUUGACCAGUGAUACAUCAACUAUGAGUGAUGCUUUAGCGCUCAACAUUAACGUCUUUUUACGAAGUCUGAUUACUUCAAUUGGUGUAAUAGUUUUUAUGUUUAAAUUAUCAUGGAAAAUGUCUCUAGUUACCUUUGCUGGUUUACCAAUUAUAAUCAUAGUAUCUAAAUAUUAUGGUACUUAUUAUGAAACAUUGUCAGAAAAAGUACAAGAUAGUUUGGCUAAAGCUAACGUUAUAGCAGAAGAAGCCUUAUCUACAAUGAGAACAGUUCGUAGUUUUGCUAAUGAAGGUGGAGAAAAAUCACGAUAUUACAAGGCAUUAACUAUUACCUAUAGAUUAGGUGUUAAACUAGCAUUGAUAUAUGGAGGUUAUGUGAUCUCCAAUGAGGUUUUUGAAUUGAUAUUGACAAUAGCAACAUUUUAUUAUGGUGGACAUUUAGUUAUAACUGACCAGUUGACAGCUGGUAAUUUAGUAUCAUUUAUAUUAUACCAAAUACAGCUAGGAGAAUGCCUGGAUGCUAUAGGUGAUGUAUAUACAGGAUUGAUGCAGUCAUUAGGAGCUUCACAUAAAGUAUUUGAGUAUAUUGAUCGUAAACCUGUCAUCUUUAAUAAUUAUAAGGGAUACGAACCAGACAGGUUACAUGGCAGAAUUGAGUUUCAAAAUGUUAACUUUUCCUACCCAACUAGACUAGAUACUACAGUUUUGAAGAAUAUAAAUAUCAGUAUAGAGCCCGGUGAAAUAGUAGCACUAGUUGGUCCUAGUGGUGGUGGAAAGUCUUCACUAGUCAAUCUAUUACAACAUUUCUACGAGACCCAAUCUGGUCAAAUAUUAUUAGAUGGUGUUAAAAUACAGAAUUAUAGUCAUUCUUAUCUACACAGAAAGAUAUCUAUGGUUGGACAAGAACCAGUUUUAUAUGCUAGAACAAUUUCUGAGAAUAUUUCUUAUGGUUUAGAAGAGGAAUUUUCACAAGCUGACAUACUGAAUGCUGCCAAGUUAGCCAAUGCUCAUGAUUUUAUUACUAAGAUGACCAAGUCUUACGAGACAGAGACUGGAGAAAAGGGACUUCAGAUUUCAGGGGGACAGAAACAACGUAUAGCAAUUGCUAGAGCUUUAAUACGUAAUCCAGUAGUAUUGAUAUUAGAUGAAGCUACAAGUGCUCUUGAUUCUGAAUCAGAACAUGUGGUACAGCAAGCUAUUUAUAGUAAUGUUAAAGGUCGUACAGUGUUGAUUAUAGCUCAUAGACUCAGCACUGUGGAAUCAGCUGAUAGGAUUAUAGUAAUUAACCAAGGACAAGUGGCAGAAGAGGGACGUCAUGAGGAACUGUUAGCUAGAGGUGGAAUGUAUGCUAAUCUAGUUAAGAGACAAUUGAAUACCUUAGACAUGGGUUCGAGCAAGUCUCAAACGGACAUCACAGCUUCUGUUUUUUUUUAG